AUGUUGGAAAAGGUCAAAAAGCUGCAACACGUGUCAUUAAAGAAAGUACUCAGCUACUUGGAACCACAAAAACAAGAAGACACCAAACCCGUUACUUCCACUAAAAACAAGGGCUUUCUCCUUUUUAAUUCACACACAAAACACUUUGCAGAGAGACAUGGACGAACCAUGAACUCAUCAUGCAUUGAUUUCGUCAUGUUCAGUCGCGGACAACACGACGAGGACAGCAACAUGUCACGUCGUCCAUGGAAGAGGCCGGAGAGAUCGAUAUCCACUAGUAGUAGUCAUCAUAAUAAUCAUCUAAACUUGUCCCCAAACGAAGACGAAGAGCUUGCCAACUGUCUUGUGUUGUUGUCCAAUUCAGGGGAUCAUAAUAAACAUAGACACGGCAAGGGCAAGAACGUCAAAAAGCAGAAAACCGCUCAGGUAUUCCAAUGCAAAGCUUGCAAGAAGGUGUUUACGUCGCAUCAGGCAUUGGGCGGGCACAGGGCGAGCCAUAAGAAAGUGAAGGGUUGUUUCGCCUCUCAAGAUAAAGAAGAGGAAGACGAAGAGGAAUACAAAGAGGACGAUGACGAGGAGGAAGAGGACGAAGAUGAGGAGGAGGAGGAGGAAGAUGUAGACAAAUCUACGGCACAUAUCGCAAGAAAGAGAUCCAACGCUCACGAAUGCACCAUCUGCCAUCGCGUCUUCUCUUCGGGACAGGCCUUAGGAGGCCACAAGAGAUGCCAUUGGCUGACCCCUUCCAAUUAUCUUCGUAUGACGUCGUCGUCGUCGUCGUCGGUACUCCACGAUCAUCACCAUUCCGCCGUCGGCAGGCCUCAGCCGUUAGAUCAACCGUCUCUCGAUCUCAACUUAUCUUGCCAGGAGUAUUCCGGUGAUCCUACGGCCAUGACCGUAGGGGUGAUUCAGAGAGAUGGCGGUGGCAGUAAUCACAACGCUACUUCAUCGUCAUGGUUAAAACUCGCAAGUGGUGACUGGUCUUGACGACUGACUAAUUUAUUUUAAGUUGCUAAUUAAUUUUUUAAUUUUUUUUUUACUUUCAUUCGUUUAUAUGAUGAUCUUUACAUACAAUUUAAGUCAGUGCAUCAAUUUAUAUAUACACUUGUAUGGAUUUUAUAUGAUUUACACUUU